AAGCGUGUUUACAUUUUCUCUGUUAGGAAAGAUGUUAAUGUUUUAAAACAUGUUUGUUAAGAGAGGAAAAUUACUUUAUUUUAAACUAAAUAUAUUAUUUCAAACGUCAAGAUAUUUAAGGAAUACUCCGAAACAAACGCCGGCUGAAUAUUGUUUGGAAUUAGUUCGAAAAAAUGAUUAUGAAAACUUUUUAUGUACAUUAUUAUUACCGCCUGAAAUUAGAGCCAGUGCAUUUGCAAUUCAUGCAUUCAAUGUUGAAGUGGCUCAAGUAAAAGAUCAAGUACAUGAUCAUAAAAUAGGGGAAAUGAGAUUAAAAUUUUGGACAGAUGCACUGAGUAAUACGUACAAAGGAAAUCCUCCCAAAAGUCCUGUUAUGUUAGAAUUAUAUAGGGUUUUACAGAAGUCUCCUCUUUCCAAACAUUAUUUCAAUCGUUUGAUUAAUGUACGAUUAGUGAAACUUUAUGAUUAUUCAUUUAAUAGCUUGAAUGCAAUAGAGCAAUAUGCAGAGCAUAGUUCUUCUUCUAUCUAUUAUCUUUUAUUGGAAGCACACGGUAUAAAUAAUAUUAAUGCGGAUCAUGUUGCAAGUCAUAUAGGCAAAGCACAUGGAAUUAUUAAUUUACUUAGAUCAGUUCCUUAUAAUGCCAAAAAAAGAAUCAAUAUGUUACCACAAGAUAUUUUAAUGAAACACAGUGUUUCUACAGAAGCUGUGUUGCAAAGUCAAUCAAGCAAAGAACUUAAGGAUGUAAUACAUGAAGUUGCUUCCCAUGGAAAACUGCAUCUAGACGCGGCAAUGUCCCUUAAACAUGAUAUAGGGAAAAAAGCAAAUUUGAUCUUUUUACCAGUAGUCUGUUUAAACAAUUAUUUAAACAAAUUGAGAAAGGUAGAUUUUAAUAUCUUUGAUUCAAAAUUACAAAGGAGAGAUAAUUUACUUCCAUUACGUUUGCUCUGGAAAAAAUGGGUGCAGUAAAAUAUCAUCUUAGUAUUAUAUAGAUAAAUUGUGAAAUUGAACACUUACUUUAAAAUUUCUUCAGAACAGACUUGUAACAUCGGAAAAAUUUAAGUUAUUUAUAUAUUUUACAAUGAAUACUAUAGCAUAAUCAAUUUAUCACACUAAAUUAAACAUUUUUAAAGUUUCAUCCAAAUAAACUAUUCUGUUUUAUACAUUAUGAAAAUAAUCUGUAUAAUUUUCACAGUCUGCUUCUACCGAAGUAAAGGAUAAAUCUCCUGUGCUGCAAGGAAUUGUAGGUAUAUUUGAACCCUGAAUAGUAAAUCCAUGAUAAUCUUCUUUCUGUGAAUCUGUAGUUGAAGGUACAUUCAGAUGUGUAGAUACUAGUUCACUUGUAGACCUCUCCGGCUGAAUAUUAAAAUCGCUUUGGGUAUCCAAGCUUAUAAGACUAGUUUCAUCUUCUGCUUUGCUUACAUCAAAGCUGUCAUCACCAAUGAAGGAUGGAAAAUCAAAAGUAGGAGAUGGUGUAACACAAUCUUCUAUCAAAGAAGUUUUUCCAUCAGUUUGUUGCACGGAAUUAUUAACUGUAGUAGAACAAACCUAAAAUCAAUUUUUAAUCAUCACGAUUAAUUAUUUACAGUAAAUUUGAAUCAAUUGUGAAUAAUAACUUACUUGUGGAAUAAUUGGAGGUGGUAACUGAUAACUUUCGAUAUCUUCACAGUCUAAAUUUGUAGGUAAUCUUUGACUAUGAAUAAUCAAUAACGGAGUUCUGUUCAAAACUUCAUUUACUUCUGAUUCUAUUUCUUCUUGAAAUUGUAACAUUUUUUCUUUUAAAUUUAGCGCUUCGUUCAUUAUCUCUGUAUUUUUAGCUUUCAUCUCGUCAAGGAGUGUUAUGUCUUCACACAUUAAAUGUAAGCUCUACAUAAAGAAUUUUGAUAAAUUAUGUGGAAAAUACACAAAGUUAUGAAAGGAAGAAAUUCAAUACAUACUUCACACAUCAUUAAAGCAGAUUCCCAAGUAUUGGCAGGUACACGUUCUCCAGACAUAUAAGCGUUGAAAUCUUUCUCAUCCAUGUUUAACGACUCGGCUGUUAAAUUUUCAAUAAAGGAUACAGCACAGCACUGAAA